CCCGCGAGGAUCGCUUCCUGUGUGCGACCCGGACCUGGCUUGCUCCGCUCUGCUCACCCGCUUCGGUGGCACCCGCGUCCGCGAUGCUGGCCUUGCGCUGCGGCCCCCGCCUGCUCGGCCUUCUCUCCCGCGCCCGGUCCGCGCCGCUGCGCCUCUCUGCGGCCCGCGCCUGCAGCGGCGGCGACGCUCGCGACCCGACCUCUACCUCCGGGAACCCGCUCGUCUACCUGGACGUGGGCGCCGACGGGCGGCCCCUCGGCCGCGUGGUGCUGGAGCUGAAGGCGGAUGUUGUCCCAAAGACAGCGGAGAAUUUCAGAGCGCUGUGCACAGGAGAGAAGGGCUUCGGCUACAAAGGCUCCACAUUCCACAGGGUGAUCCCGGCCUUCAUGUGCCAGGGGGGCGACUUCACCAACCACAACGGCACAGGGGGCAAGUCCAUCUACGGGAGCCGCUUUCCCGAUGAGAACUUCACGCUGAAGCACGAGGGGCCAGGUGUCCUGUCCAUGGCCAAUGCGGGUCCCAACACCAACGGCUCCCAGUUCUUCAUUUGCACCAUAAAGACAGACUGGUUGGAUGGCAAGCACGUGGUGUUCGGCCACGUCAAAGAGGGCAUGGACGUCGUGAGGAAGAUAGAAUCUUUCGGCUCUAAGAGUGGGAAGACAUCCAAGAAGAUUGUCAUCACGGACUGUGGCCAGUUGGGCUAACCGGUGGCCAGGGUGCUGGGACGUAAGCAGCUGCCUGUGGGUUGACUCACCCAGGUUGCCACCGGGGACUCUUGGGCAAGGUGCCUGGAAAAGCUACAUGUGCUCAUCCACUGCCCCUGUGCGCGUGAAGGAGGCCACUCAGGACUGUGCACUCCCGGGCCUCGUGCCCGCCCUUCCUCACCCACCCACUGUGGCCAUUGCCCCACACACCCCUCAGGAGGCGCCUGAGCUCCUCUGUGCCUUAGAUGGUGGUGGCUGUGAUGGGAUAGCAUUCAAGUCACCCUGACUGAGGGGACCGCCAGUUGCUGCAGAAGGACUGUCAUAUCUGUGUACUGUUGUCUUCCUAAUUGCAAUAAUUUACUGAACAAGGCAGCCUAGAAAUGAAGCUGUGACAUGACUUGGUUGGUAACACAGGUCCCAGAACCCCAGAUCCUGGCUAUUACAACACAACUCAGGGCUCGUGUGAAAGUUCCCCAAGACCGAGGCCUUUCCUCUGGUUACUGUGAGACCUUUUGGUUUGCUGCUGUCAACUCUGAACCUGGAAACAAACCCGCUGUGAGCCGCGCCCACUCAAUGUGAAUUCCUGUGUAGGAACAGAAGCGGCCUGUAAAGGCUCCUGGUUCUGCAGGAAAGUACUUCCUGUGGGCUUUGCUUUUCCAGUGUGUGUUGAAUAAAUUCAGCCUACUGAUGAUGUAUAUGAAAGAUUUCAGGAACAUUUGUGUUUACCUCCAAUGUGGUAAUAAAUCUUAUUUUCUACAAGA